GAUGUUUAUAGCAUGACUGUGUUUGUAUGUGCGUUUCGUUUGUUUUGAUAUGCUGCCGCGGAAGCGAUAGCAUAUUCCCCUCCGGUUGUCAUCUACGCUCAGUUUUUAAUUUGUUUUAAUCUUACUUUAACCUUGCCCUUCAUCUGCUUCGCAAGUAUGGCCACUCCUUUGGCAGGAAAGCUAGCCCUUGUGACCGGUGCCGGUUCUGGAAUUGGCCGUGCGACAACCAAACUGUUGGCACGCGAUGGAGCGAUCGUUGUAGCUGUCGAUCGUAACGUACAGGCGGCCCAGGAAACGAUCGCAUCGCUCACGGCGGGCGACAAUGCGGCCUACGAGAUGGACGUCUCGUCCGGCGACAGUGUUGAUGCCGUGCUGAAGGAAGUGAUUGGCCGGUACAAGCGCCCACCGACGGUGGUCGUUAAUUCGGCCGGUAUUACCCGCGAUAACUUCCUGCUGAAGAUGCCCGAGUCCGACUUUGAUGCGGUGAUCAACGUGAACCUGAAGGGUACGUGGUUGGUGCUGCAACGUUUCGGCCGGGCCAUGAUCGAGCACGAGCUAGCUGGGUCGAUGGUAAACGUGUCGUCGAUCGUUGCCCGCACCGGGAACAUCGGACAGUCGAACUAUUCCCCGAGCAAGGCCGGAGUGGAAGCGAUGACCAAGGUGGUGGCACGCGAGUUCGGCCGGUACAACAUCCGGGUGAAUGCGAUCGUGCCCGGGUUCAUCCACACGCCGAUGACGGGGACGGUGCCGCAGAAGGUGAAAGAUAUGAUCAUCAUGCAAUGUGCGUUGCGGCGCUUCGGAAAUCCGGAAGAAAUUGCGGAGGUAGCAGCCUUUUUGGCAUCGGAAAAGAGCAGCUACGUAAACGGUACCUCGAUCGAAGUCACUGGCGGAUAGACGAAUUGAAAUGGUCCAUCUUCCGCCCAAUAUUACGGCUCAAAAGGAUGAUACAGGUGUUACAGCUCAAAGCUACCUCGUACAAAACCAUACUACCUCCCUCAAUUGUGCAUUUAAUAUUGAGAAUGAUUGAAGUGGUUUUUUUCUCAAUAUUUUCUAACAACAUUUUGCAACUCAUCGUGUCAUAUGCAUGUGAUACAUGUAUGUAGAAAACGAAAAGAAAUUAAAUAAAAGAUAACACUAUCACCGUAAAGCCCCACA